AUGUCAUUGUCAACCAAUAUACUGGACACAUCUAUGGAUAUUACAGGUGCAGCAGCUUCUGGAUCAGAGCAAGAGGAACCAGAGAAGCCAGAACUCAGGAUUUUGAUUCUUGGAAAAACUGGAGUUGGAAAGAGUGCAUCAGGAAACACCAUCUUAGGAAAAGAGAAUGCUUUUCAAUUGACAUCAUCAGAGUGUCAGAAGGAAACAAGACAGUUUAAAGGUCAAAAACUGGCUGUAGUUGAUACUCCAGGUCUGUUUGAUACCCAUAAAACUGAAGAGGAGUUGACAGCAGACAUGGAGAGAUGCAUCUGCUUUGCUGCUCCUGGUCCUAAUGUGUUCCUGGUUGUGAUUCAGGCCAACAGAUUCACAGAAAAAGAUCAAGAAACAGUGAAAAUAAUGCAGAAGAUGUUUGGAAAAAGGUCAGCAUGUUCCACAUUAGUCUUGUUCACCCAUGGAGAUGAGCUGAAGUCAGAUGGAGACACCAUGAAGGAAUUAAUCAGUAAAAAUCCAGCUCUCAGUGGCUUCAUCAGUCAGUGUGGUGGAGGAUAUCACGUCUUUAACAACAGAGAGAAGGAUCCCUCUCAGGUCAGAGAGCUGCUGGAGAAGAUCAACACCAUGGUUCAGAGAAAUGGAGGAAGAUACUACACCAUUGAAAUGUUGAGAGAGGCUGACCUUCGCAUUGUUCUUAUUGGGAAAACUGGAGUUGGAAAGAGUGCAUCAGGAAACACCAUCUUAGGAGAAAAAGCUUUUAAAUCCUCAGCAGGUUUUUCUGUAAUAACAUCAAAGUGUCAGAAGAAAACAGGUCUGUUUGAUGGUCAAAAACUGUCUGUAAUUGAUACUCCAGGUUUAUUUGACAACAUAAAAACUGAAGAGGAGGUGAAGGAAGAGAUCAGUAGCUGCAUCCCACUUGCUGCUCCUGGUCCUCAUGUGUUCCUGGUUGUGAUUCAGGCCAACAGAUUCACAGAAGAAGAACAAGAAACUGUCAACAUCAUUCAGAAUAUGUUCGGAGAACAGUCAGCAUGUUACACUAUGGCCUUGUUCACCUGUGGGGACAAUCUUGAGGCAGAUGGAGUCACAAUAGAAGAAAUGAUCAAUGAUAAUCCUGUUAUCUCUGACUUCUUCAGUCAGUGCGGUGGAGGAUAUCAUGUCUUUAACAACAGAGACAAGGAUCCCUCUCAGGUGAGAGAGCUGCUGGAGAAGAUCAACAGAAUGAUUAAGAGAAAUGGAGGAGGAUACUACACCAAUGAAAUGUUUAGAGAAGCUCAGAGAGCCAUGAACAAACCAGAAGCCGACCUCAGGAUUGUUCUUGUUGGAAAAACCAGAGUUGGGAAGAGUGCAGCAGGAAACAGCAUCUUAAAGGGAAAAGUAUUUAGAUCAACAGCUUCCUCUUCCUCUGUAACAUCAGAGUGUCAGAAGGAAACAUGUCAGUUUGAAGGUCAAACACUGGCUGUAGUUGAUACUCCAGGUCUGUACAAAACUAAACUAACUGAAGAGGAGGUGAAGAGAGAGAUUGUUAGAUGCAUCUCCUUUGCUGCUCCUGGUCUUCAUGUGUUCCUGGUUGUGAUCCAACCAAACAGAUUCACCAAAGAAGAACAAAAAACUGUGAAAAUCAUUCAGAAGAUAUCUGGUGAUCAAGCCGCUCAUUACACAAUGGCCUUGGUAAUCCAUGAAGAUGAUGAGAAGCAGGACACCAUAGAAGAAGCAAUCAAACAUCCAGAUCUCAAAGACUUCAUCAGUCAGUGCCGUGGAGGAUAUCAUGUUUUUAACAGCAGAAACAAGGAACACUCAGAGGUCAGAGAGCUGCUAAAGAAAAUCAACACAAUGACUGAGAGAAAUGGAGGAUGCUGCUACACCACCAACAUGUUUGACAAGGCAGAGAAAGCCAUAAAAACAGAGAUGGAACGACUUCAGAAAGAAGAUCCAAAGAUGACGGCCAAAGAAGCAAGAUACAAAGCAGAAAGAAGGAAUGAGUUUACUCAGGGGAAUUGGGAUGCUGUCAUUGCUGAAGCUGAUAGUGGUGUUAAUGUUGGAGUUGCUGCUGCUGGAAUUGGCAUUGAAGUUGCUGUUGGAGCUGGUGUUGGAGCUAUAGGAGGUCCAGUGGGGGCUGCAGUAGGAGCGUUAGCUGGAGCUUUAGUGGGACUUGUAGCUGGUUUCAAACUGUGGAAACACUCCACAGUCAUCCCCAUCCCCAAAAGAAACAACCCAAAGUCUCUGAAUGAUCUUCGUCCCGUGGCCCUCACCUCCCAGGUGAUGAAGGCCAUGGAGAAGAUCAUAAAACAGCACAUCGUAAGAGCAGCUGACCCCCUGAUGGACCCACUCCAGUUUGCUUACCGUGCACGCAGAGGCGUCGAUAACGCAAAAAUCUUCAUCUUGGACUCCAUCCACAAACAUCUGGAGCUCCCUGACUCCUCCGCCAGACUUCUGACUCAAAAAGUUCGGGUCAACAACUCUCUUUCUGUUCUCCGUUCCACCUCCACUGGCUCCCCCCAGGGCUGUGUGCUCUCCCCCCUGCUCUUCAUCCUCUACACCGAUGACUGCAGAUCCACACAGCCCAACUGUCACCUGGUUAAAUAUGCUGAUGACACAGUUCUCCUGUCACUGCUGUCAGGCCCCUCACAACACCACAGGCCUACUCUUCAGGAGUUUGUAGAGUGGUGUGACAGCUCCAAACUUGAAUUGAACGUGAGCAAAACCAAAGAGAUGGUGGUGACCUUCUCCAGAAGGCAAAGGGAUCUGGCUGCUUCAGUCACCACCACCAUCCACGGGAAGCCAGUGGAGGUAGUUGAGGAGUACAAAUACCUGGGAACCAUCUUUGACAACCUCCUGAGAUUCUCUGCCAACACAGAGGAGAUUCUCAGGAGGUUAGGAAAGGGAGAGCGGGGUGGUGUCAGCAGCAUCUGCCCAGUCAAAAAGGAGCGUUUCACGGAUCAUAUAACUCUUCUUCUACUGGAAAAGAUUCCUAUAUCACCUAUACCCGAGGCGUUGUGA